AUGCAAUCAUCCUCAUCAUGCUCCUCCAGAUCCAGCUCCAGCUCCAGCUCCUCCACCACCUCCUACAACAACCAGGAGAAUCUCACCUUUGUGAAAAACUACCAACCUGGAAACGGUGACGUCAAACAUCUCAGGAUUCUGCUUCAUGGACCAAUCGGUGCCGGCAAGUCCAGUUUCGUCAACUCUGUGGACACUGUCUUACAAGGCAGAGUUACCGGUCGAGCUCCGACAGAUGCAAUCUCUGGGAAAAGCUUCACCACAAAGUACAAAACAUACAAGUUCAAGAAAGAUUCGGGUGGUUUUCAUUCUGUCGUUUUCAAUGACAUCAUGGGAUUUGAGAAAUCCACUAACACUGGAGUUGAUGUGGAAGAGGUCAAACUGGCCCUGAAAGGACAUGUUGCAGAAAAUCACGAGUUCAAUCCCCAACGGCGGUUGAUGGAGGGUGAUAAAGGUUACAGGUCAUCUCCCACUCUGGCUGACAAAGUUCAAGUCCUGGUUUGUGUCUUUCCUGCCGACCAAAUAAAUAUAGUAGCUAAAGAAGUUGUGGAGAAGCUAAGAGAUGUCAGACUCGCAGCCAGUGACAUGGAAAUUCCCCAACUGGUUAUUAUCACCAAAGUGGAUGAAGCCUGUCCUGAGGCGAAAAGAGAUCUGAAGAAUGUCUACAAGAGCAUUUACCUGAAGGAACUGGUCGACAAAUGCCACCUUUUCAUGGGGAUUCCACUGAACUGCAUCUUUCUUGUGAAGAACUACAAUUCAGAAGUCGAUCCCAACGAUGUGACUGAUGCUCUGAUACUGAGCGCACUGAAGCAGAUGGUUAACUUUGGUGACGACUACGUCAGCUACCUCGAGUAGACCUGCUGCUGCUGAGGCAAACACAUUCUCAUGAAUGGGUUUGUAUGAUUCCCCACAAAAAGUAGCGCACUGAAAUUCGUAUCAUACAUUAAGUUUACAUUAAGCUUAGGUGCCAACAGCAGAGUUAAUGUGAGGAAAAAAGAACAGGGUUAGGGUUAUGAAAGCUACUUCUGUACACAACUUCCAACGGGACACGAACACCAGCCUCCAGGUCUGCUGGUCUCCUGUUGUUCUGGCCUCAGGCAUUAAAAACAUUUUUUGCUGACUGGGCUGCUGGUGUUUGUGAGAUCCAUCCACCACAGCUUCCACCCGCCCUAUAGGCGCCUACAUGGCUUUAAUUCUACCCCACCAGAGAAAAUCUAUGCAAUUUGUGGAAAAGCUACACAUUCCAGGGCAUUACUUUUGGUCGGAAAUCAUACAAACCCUUCAUGAGAGCAUUCUGCUGAGACAAACCUUGAAUGAUUAAGACAUGAAGUAAAAUAACUUCAAUGUUAUCUGCAUGUUUUCUUUUCCAUUUAGCUUUGUGUAUUCACUGUAUUGUAAGGUCUGCAAGACAUUUUAGGCCAUUUAGGCCUUUCUGAGAAGCUGUAGCAGUUUCUUCUGUACAACCAUUCCAAGUUAAAGCUGAUUAUUUUUUACCAACGGUUUGGCUGAUGGCACGGAGGUGUUUAUAAGUUUGAAUUCAAAAGGCAGACUUUCAAAUUUGUCCUGUAGAAGAUAGUCGACAUCAUUCAUGAUGACCACUGGUAUAGUCUUCUUAAUAAAGAAAAAAAAGGGUCAUGCUUGUGAGCUGUAAAGAAAUUAUGACAGUCCUUGGAUAUUUUUUUUAAGAAAACAGCCACAAUUGGCAAAAGUGUCAUCAUGCAUGUUUUUAGUUGUUUUUCAUUUUUUAUUUUUACUAAGACUCUGUUGCAGUUAUAUUGUUUGAUUCCAGAUUUGUUUGCACUGCCAAGUUGGUUCACACUUCACUACCACCUGAGUUCUUUAUUGUUGUCAC